GAAAAGAUUCCAAGAAACGCGUCCCGGUGGUGGUGGCUUCAAGUUUGUGGAAAAUUUACUUUCUAAACGCGUCCCUCUAUUUUCUUAGGCACAUCAUUUUUUUAACUCGUGUAGUCAAGACGUAUUUUUUUAUCUCCUUACAUCAAAUAUUUUUGCACUUGCAAAACACAAUAAUUGAUUCGUUAAAGAUGAACAUGGAAACUGUAUAAAUGCCGGCAGUAAGCGUUGCAUCGGGGGUUGCCAAGGAGAUCCACACUUUUAACUGGAGAGUGUACGAUUUUAGCUUCCUCGUCGAGGGACGCGGCGACCUUUCCGGCGUCAAAUAUGAAUUCCACGCCGGCGACGACAUAUCCAUGCCGUCAGAUUGGAAACUUGCCUUCAAUUUGGAUAAGGACGGACUGAUAUCGAUAUCCCUCCAGAUGAUGCGAUGGAAUGGAUCGGCAGACCAGGUUUUUGCCGGGUUGGAAGUCAAGACACACCCGGACAGAAUUAUAACACUGGAGGGAGAGUUUAAAUUGGAGUGUAAUGAUCCAUUCCGAAACUACUACCCGUCAGGGAUGCCGCCUGAAAAGAUCAAAUUCAAUCGGUGGGAACCCGAAUGGCGGGUAUGGCGAAAUUGUGGCGUCAUGCCGGUAGAUCUUGACACCAUGAGACAACUCCUGCUCGAUGAUGUGUUCUCGUUGGACAUAAAAUUUACCUUGUUUGGUGCAAAGUUGGAGACGACAUCGGUGGGGGGAAGGAAAUCGGUUGAUAAUUUGACACCGGCACUGCUCGACCUCAUGACGAGAGGUGGCAGUAUCCGGCAUUAAAGUUGUAUGGGAAAUUUUAAUGGGUCAGGAAAUGAGGUAAAAAUGGGUUACUGGAUUUCAUUUGUAAUUAAAUAUGUCAACUUCAAGUUUAAUACUAUGCUUGAUACAUACAUAUUUCUGUACUUGUUGAAUCUUUAUGAAUUUAAAAAAUUUUAAAAGUGGAUUGUUUACAAUUUACUGAAAUAAUUAACAUAAUUUAUUGUUAAUUAAAUUUACGACAAAUUUGUAACUUAUUAUUUAAAAGUUGGAAACUUUGAUACAUUCUGUAAGAAGUAUGUGACUACUAAAAUUACUAGCGAAUAAAAUCAAUCCUUAGCAGAUUAUUACUAAA